AUGAAUCCUUCAUCAUUACCAUCAUCACUGACCAAUAAUAACGACAAUGCAUCGGCUAUGGUGAGUACAACAACAACAAGCUCAUCCUCCUCUGCAUCAAAUAAUAAUACACCUUCCAUCCAAGAACAACUGGCUUCUUAUAGAGAAAAACAUAGAAUAUUUAAAGAGAAGAAACGAAAUCAUGAUAUGGCUUCACUAACCGGGUUUUUAAUUGCAUCAAAAUAUGAUCCUUAUACUACGCUUCCCAGUUGUGGAUUGGAACGUGUUACUUUUAAACCAUUAGGAUAUUCAAAUACGUUACCUUCAAACUCUACAAAAAGUGCUGUUAGUUUUCGUGGAAAGGCUUGUGGGUUCAUGACGCCUUCAUCAGCCAUAGAGAGAAAACAAGUACAAGUUGGAAGUUGGUUCAAACCUUCGAUCAACGAAAAUGAUGAUGAUAUUUCUGAACAAGUGGACUCGCCCAACAAUGAUCAAGAACAAUUAGAAAAUAACAUUAUUCGAGAAGAGGUCAUUGUAUCAUCAUCAAACACAUCCUCUUCCGCUUUCAAAAUUAAUUUAUUGUAA